UCAAAGAGAAAACGUGUUACUGUUGUCUGUAUUUUAAACGCAGUGAAAUUAUUACUGUUUUCCUCGUAAUUUGAUAUUAUAUAUAUACAUAUAAAUGACCGAUUUACUUCUUAGUGAGGCAGAGAAAAUGUUCAUAAUACAUGGCGUGCAGGACAACUUACGGGUUGAUGGUAGGAGCUGUGAUGAUUACAGACACAUUGAAUUGGAAACGGAUGUAGUUUCAAGUGCAAAUGGAUCAGCAAGAUUAAAACUGAGUCAAACAGAUGUACUCGUUGGUGUUAAGGCUGAUCUAACUACACCUCCAACUGAUAACCCAGAUGUCGGGACACUAGAAUUCUUUGUUGACUGUUCUGCUAAUGCAGCACCAACAUUUGAGGGCCGAGGUGGAGAGGAUUUGGCCCGGGACAUCAGCAGUACCCUAGCGAGAGCCUACAGCUCAGAUCGCUGCUCCAGCAGCAUGUUGAAGGCUCUCUGUGUCGUUCCUUCUGAGCAGUGCUGGGUUCUCUAUAUAGACAUUCUGAUUCUAGAGUGUGGAGGGAGUUUGUACGAUGCAGUGUCUAUUGCGGUUAAAGCAGCCCUUUCAAGUACCAAAGUUCCAGUUGUGAAAGUAACAAGUAGUGAUGGUGGUAAACCUGAGCUGGAGCUAUCUGAUGAUCCAUAUGACAGUCUACGCAUUAAUGUGAAACAUGCCCCAUGCAAUGUCACACUUAGCAAGAUUGGACACAGUCAUGUAGUAGAUGCCAGCCUGGAGGAAGAAGUGUGUUCUUUAGCCUCUCUCAUGAUGGCUGUCACAGAGGAAGGUACAGUGACCAUGUUGAAGAAAUCUGCGUGUGGAAGUCUACACCCAGAGAGCAUAUAUGAGAUGCUAGAGACGGGAAAGAAUGUUGGGUUGAAUCUCAAUAAACAAUUGACAAGACAGUUGCUUGACGAGGAAUGCUUACAUACACAAAUGGGAACCAACAGGGAGCCAAAAGGAUUCUUGUAAUAAAUAUCCAGUUUAAUGCAUACCAAUUUUAAUCUAUCAAUCCCCAAUGUAUCGUACAGUCAUGUCUGAUAUAUAUUAAUUAUUUUAACCUAAAAGGUUUCUUUUGCAGUACUUGAGGAUUUCUGUAUAUAAGAAUAUAUAUCAGUAAAAUGCUUUUGUAACCUGAAUUAUGGAAGUAGCAAUUAAAGGACAUGUAUUUGGGAAAAGUAAACAAUUCGUUGUGAAAAGAGGACCAACUAUCUCAGGUAUAACUAAAUGAAAAUAAUUCACAUAUUUUCAUUGAGGACAUUCAUUUAUUGCAUCCCUUCUUAUAGAAUUCGCUUGCCUAAUAAAGAGCUCCUCAAACACCAAAGCUUUCCCUUUCAAGAAUGACAUUGUCCUUGCCUGGAAUGCUGGAUUAAUCUUAGUGAAAAAUAUAUCUUCACCUGUGCUAUUUCUAUUUAUAAUUUGCUGAUUUAUUAUUUUAUAUUGAAUUAUUGCUGAUAGAUGAUAAUAUCUAGAAGCUUGUGCCAAACAAAACAAACCCAACGCACACAAUAACUUAAUGCCUUAAGAACAGUUUUAUAAUUACGCAAAAUAUAUACUGUACAAGUUUUAUACAUCUGACAUAAUAACUUUAAAAGAAAUGUAAGCAAGUCAAUUAAAUGAAUUUUUGGAAAUGAA